GUUCGAACUUGAAUUGCCUUGCCUUUGCUUCGCACCGCACAAUUGUCAUCUGACGUUUCAAGCGUCUCUCGUUCCGAUAUGGGGGAUCGAUCUCAAACAUCUGAACGCCCGGCACUACCAGGCCCAGUGACACCCAAGCCCUCGUUGCCACCCGGUAUGGUGAUUGGUCCGGACGGAAAACCCUGCAAAAUAUGCACGGCGUUCCGUAAUUGGAGGCCCCCCGCUUCGGGCACUGCCAGUUCGAGCAAGAAGUCCACCGCAGGAAUGAUGGCUGCCUUCGCAUCUGGAACGGGCUUCCGACCCCCCGAAUCUAAGCCAGAAAAUGCAGUAUUACCCCCACACUGUCCGCCGGAUGUCGAAGCCCUUGGACGUGCCACGUGGUCAUUUUUGCAUGCGACUGCAGCAUACUACCCAGCGCGGCCUACUACUCACCAGCGUGCAAAUAUGCUAAAUCUCAUUCACGCGCUACCCGUCCUAUAUCCAUGCACACACUGCGCGGCGGACUUUGGCGACAAAAUAAAGGAGCAUCCACCGGACGUGAGCAGUCGCGAGAGGUUGAGCAAGUGGUUCUGUGAGCGUCACAAUGAGGUGAACGAGAGGCUGGGCAAGGAAAUGUUUGAUUGUGCAAAGGUUGAUGAGAGAUGGAAGGAUGGUCCACCCGACGGCAGCUGCGACUAGAUUGCAGUGUGUUCGUGUAGGUGGGUUUGCAUAUCAUUCACUCUCCAGGAAACACAUAAAGCCAUUAGUAUGGACUACAAGCUCUCGAUAAUACCACUCAUGGAAAAAACGCGGUCUUACUUUCCAGGUCGAAGAUUUGAUCACCACCUGACAAGGCGACCGGACAGUGGCAUGAGUCUCAAAGCCGUCACCGACAUGAAUGGUAUGCAAU